AUGAUUGAAUUUUGUGAACAAAUACAAAAGAUUAUUUUACCAAAAAUGUCGAUUGUUCACACUUUGAAUGGUGAUAUUGAAGGUGAAACAUUACCAUCUAAUGUCAGAGUGUAUAGAGGUGUUCCAUAUGCGAAACCACCACUCGGAGAAUUGAGGUUUAAGAGGCCUGUUCCUAUUGAUCAUUGGGAUGUAGUACUUUCAUGCCAUCAGUUCAAAAAGAUACCACCUCAACCUGAUCCCCCUGGCUUUUAUAAGCGUGAAUUCAAUCCAGAUGGUAAACCAGAACAAUCAGAAGAUUGCCUUUAUUUGAAUAUUUGGGCACCAGAAAUUAAUCCAAAUAAAAAAUAUCCGGUUAUGUUCUGGAUUCAUGGUGGUGGAUAUGAAACAGGAUAUUCAUAUGAAAAAGAAAUUGAUGGUGAGAUUUAUGCCAAAAAAGGAUGUAUUUUGAUUUCUGCUUCCUAUCGUUUAAAUGUUUUUGGAUUUCUUGUUCAUCCAAUACUCGAAAAGGAUGGUGUUAAAUCAGGAAAUAUGGGAAUAUACGAUCUGAUUCUUGAACUUCAAUGGGUUCAUGAUAAUAUCGCGGCAUUCGGUGGAGAUCCAGAAAAUGUCACUGUAUUUGGUCAUAGUGCUGGAGCAAUGCUCAGUCAGAUCCUUGUUGUCUCACCUUUAGCAACAAACUUAUUCCACAAAGUCAUUCUUCAAAGUGGAGGUGGAUUCAUGUGGUUCCCUAAUCUGAGAUACACUAGAGAUGACAUGAUUAAGCAUAGCGAUGCCUUCUUGAAGAAACUUAAUGUGAAUUCUUACGAGGACUUGAUUAAAUUACCUACAGAACAAAUCAUGCAAGCUCACUAUGAUUUCCCAAGCAUAAAGUUUUCAGCGCAUAUUGAUGGUGAAGCCUUUCCAGCAACACUCGAAGAAUGCUACGAUAAAAAGUUAUAUAAAGACAGACCGACUAUUGCAGGAUGUGCAAAUAAGGAAUUUGGUUCUAUUUCGUAUAGAAUCUUUUACCAUUGGAAUCUCAACAUGGUCAAGAAGCAGCUUGAAAAUCUCUAUUCUCCAGUUUAUAUGUACUAUCUGACAUUCCACCCUCCUGGUGAUGAAGGUGUUGAUGAUGGAUGCUUCCAUGGAGCAGAACUUUGGCAUAUAUUCCAAACCAUGAAUCGUUGCUGGAGAAAGUUUGGAGAGAAAGAUCAAAAACUUUCUGAUUUACUUAUUGAUUAUUGGAUUAACUUUGCUAUGACAGGAAACCCGAAUUCAGAAGGACUUCCUCAGUGGACACAAUAUACCAAUGAUAACAAGAUGCACUUGAAAAUCGACUAUGAUAAUGUAGUAAUGGAAAGUGCUAAGUGGUUUUAA